AAUUAUUUGAAUUACUCAAUUAUACCGAAGUUCCCUCUAAAGUAUGACGUAUUAGGCAAGGAGUGAUUAUUUUGGUUUAGUAAUGUUUUGGCCCCAAACAGCUGACUAGUAGGUUAUUAAUAUGGUUUCCUUUGUAUCCUAUUUUCGACGUAGUUUCUUUACUAUCUACUGUUCUGGGAAAAUUUCACUUGCUAGUUAAUUACUAUGGGAACUUAAUUUUAUCUUAUAAAAGAAGUUAAUUUUUUCACAACAUAAAAUGGUUGAGCCCAUAUUUGAUUACCAAUUCCGUCUGAUAUUAAUUGGUGACAGUACAGUGGGAAAAAGUUCAUUGUUGAAAUACUUCACUGAUGGAAAAUUUGCUGAGGUGUCAGAUCCAACUGUGGGAGUUGAUUUUUUCGCUAGACUAAUAGAAGUUAAAAACGGUACUAGAAUAAAACUUCAACUUUGGGAUACUGCAGGACAAGAAAGGUUUAGGUCAAUUACAAAAUCAUAUUAUAGAAAUUCGGUCGGUGCUCUCCUGGUUUAUGAUGUUACAAAUCGAGCAAGUUUUGAGAAUAUUCCUCACUGGAUGACCGAAGCUAAACGUCAUAUUGAACCUCACUCUCCGGUCUUUGCCUUAGUUGGUUGCAAAGUUGAUUUAGUCAAAUCAGGAGUACCCCGUGAAGUAUCUCUUGAAAGUGCUACAGAAUUUGCACAGCGCCAUGGAAUUUUCCAUAUAGAAACAUCAGCCCGAACUGGACAUAAUGUCGAAGCUGCUUUUACUGCAGUGACACAAGAAGUAUACAAUAGAAUCCUUUCAGGGGAAUACAAAGUUGAAGAUGGUUGGGAUGGGAUUAAGGCAGGAUUUGUCCGACCCAGUGGUAUGGAUUUCAAUUUGGUUGAAGCUGAACCUGCCAAGUCUACAUGUUGUUAAGUAUCUUUAGUUUUAUUAUAAUUAUAAUCGGAUCAGACAUAAGUUGUACUAUUAGUAGAACAAAUAGUUAUGAGAUCAGAUGUCUCUUAAUUAAUGUUUAAUAGUCACCAAUUGGAGCUAAGUAUCUUAGAAUGUGUGAAUUUUCAGGAUUGCAUAUUUUAAAUAUGCCUAGAUAUUGCUCUCAGGAAAAUAUAGUAAUAAAAUAUAUGUUUUGGUAUUUACCAGAGCAUAUUGGAUUAAACAGAUAAUAUUAUCUAGUUUUGUGUAGAUAUCCUGGAAAUCAAAACGAGUUAUGAAAAUACUGAGUUAGUUUCUUCUUUCCAAUUUUGGUUAUUUGAUAUGAUUACUCCUGAUCUCCUAUCUAUUUUUCAUUUCAGUAAUUGGAAAACGUGAGACACUAAUGUAUAGAUUUAUUAAUAUUAGUUUCUUAUUAUUUAAUUUGUAAUCUCAACUAACGUUUUGUUUAAUCUGAGUUGCUAAUUUACUCAGGAAUACAAUUAAUUGUGAUAUUGGUAGUUUCAAAAUGUUAGAACUGUUUUGUAAGCUGGUUAAAUGUAUGUGUAAUCUUGUGAAUUAAUGUUCAAUCCAUGAAUACAUGGAUCAAACCAUUGGGUUCAAAUCAUGAAAAAAUUUGCUAGCUGUCAACCAAAAAUAAAUAAUUAACUGGUCUAUUUCACCCAAUUUAAUGUAAGUUUUAUUAAGCAAGAACCUCUUGAAUUAAAUCUAAUAUUUUUAUUUUAUUUAAUCUAGUUUUUUUUUUUAA